AUGGCAGUGGUGGAGAACAUUCUGCUGGUUUUCCUGGUUUUCAUGGCUGCCAAUGCAAUCACAGGCGAGGCAGUGUUUGGAAUCGACAUGAAUCCAUGCACGAUCUCUCCUUGUGUAGCAGCCUGCAAGGCUGUUCUGAGGGAGAAGUAUGCCAGUGCCUCUUGCUUCCACAAGGUCAUAUGCAUGUGCUUUGGUUGA